AGAGAUUCUGGUCCCCCAGCUGCUGCCAGUCAGGUACCCAGUAUAAAAUUUAUUGCCAAGAAGCAUUGUUACAAAGCAAUAAUCAACCAAAUAUUAAUCUCCUAACUUUGUGUGCUAAGUAUAUAUUUCAAAGAAGGCCACGUUAAAUUGACCAUGAUUGUUUUAUGACAGCAAUAAAAGAUUAAAACAUAUUUUUAUAGGAGAUGUAUUUCUACAUGGAUGACUUGAUAUACGGUAUAUACAGAGAAAUCAUUUUUAUACCAGAAGGUGCAGAUAAGUGUUUCCAAGAAUUUUUUUUCUUCAGGUAAUUAGUUGUCCUGUACUGCAGCUAAAAGAACAAAACAUUUCAUUUUUAGUUUCCUUAAUCUAAACUUUUAGAGUUGUAAACACUGUGAAAUUGUGUAUGUUAGAGACAGGGAACACGACUGAGGUCCAUUUAAACAAAGAUAAUGUGAUUGUUGUUGUCCUUUUAGCAUAGGUUUCAUAUUGCACCUGGGUUAGCUACCCUUUGUUUCCAGGCAAACUAAUCAAUUCCUGGCAUCACCUUCAUAAUUCUGUGAUAGUAAACACUUGUCUCCAUGUUUAUUAUGGUCUUACAGUUAUCAGUUGUAUUAUUAUUAAACUAUAUCAGCAUCACAAUAAGUGGUCCAUAUCACAGUUUGUUUUACUCCCAGUCCAGCCUCCAUUGUUUUUAACUCUUCUCUUUGACCGCCCUGUCAGAGUAACCAUCUGUGCAGCAGCAAACCUCCGUCCAUAACACACCUGUUUAGAGGGGUUAGUGCUCUGUUUCACUUUCUUAGGAUGAAGUCACCUGAUAGGACGCACUCUUCUUUUUGAAUAAAGACCCAAUCCUCCAACCCCUUUCAUCGUAAAACCUAAACAUUUCCAUCACAGACCUUACGGUUUAGGAUCUCCCAGUGGACAUAUAGUUUGACUUUUCAAUGCACCAAGUUUCUUCACAAAGGUAAGGUUAUCRUUGCUUUUUAUAUGAGAUUUCUAUUUAUUGAUGUCAUGACAAAGGUAGCCAUAGAUGUUUUACUUUUUUAAUAGAUGCAAAAACUGUUUGCAUUUUUCCAAAGUUUGACAAAAGAUUUGAGUAACUGUUUUUGCAACCAAAAACAAGUAUUACAUUGUGAGUGACAUGGAAGCAGCAUUUAUAUAAAACUGUUCAGAAAUGUUUCAAGUGCUUUUUUCCUGCUGAGGUAUUUCUCUGGCUAGUUGUUACUGAAUUUAGUUGUUUUGAUAGUUGGUAUUAUAUAAUGUUAUCAAACUGUGCCUAGAGUUUACCCAAGAGCCUCCUGGGAAAUAACACCAUACCACUUCUACUGAAACCAGUCAAUCAAAGGCUAAUUUAGUUCCUGAGGACACCCAGCAGCCAGCAGGAUCGGCAUGGCGCCCCCUGCUGAGGACUAUUACUGCCGCCAGUUCCAGCCCAACACCUUUGACCCCGACCGCUGCGGCUCGUGCCUGAGGCCCAGUCACAUGCACCUCAGAACCACUACGGCUGGAUUUGGACAAACGGGCGAUCUGCACGAGUGGGACUCAGAUGAUGAUGUUGGUGGUGGUGGUGGUGGUGGGGCCUUGUCUGAGGGGGCCACAAGUGCCAGUAGUGAUGACGUCAGUGGCGGAUGGACCUUUGAGUGGAACCUGGUGCACAGUCUGAGUCCAGAGUUGGAACUUGAGAACUGUGACAGUGACAUACAAUCCAGUUUUCCAAAUCAGUGGGACAGUCCAGAGAGGAGCAGGUCUCUCAGCUCAGGGAGGCAGAGUGCUGGUCUAAAAGAAAUGACUCGACUGGACUCUUCUCCUCCCCGAGACACUGGCAGCUCCUGGAUGGAUGAAAGAGGUAGAAACUUGUCCCGUCGGGCCUCAGAGUCCAGAGGAGACAGGGUCAAAGAAAAUGGCUACUUUUCCCCAGACAGAAGAGGUGAUGGUAUGGAGGAGGAUAACAAGCGUUUCUUUCGUUACUACGAGAGGGGACACCCCCUUCCAAGCAACUAUGUUCCUGAGCCCAAAGCCUGCGUCCCAUACAGGAACGUUAACCUCGGCCUGCCCUCCCAGAGACGAAACACAGAGACGUACAUGCAGCCGACUUGGAGAAGUGAAUCCCCGCAAAGAUACACGUACCACUCCAACUUCAGGCGGGGAGCUGACUCUCAGAUGAACUCUCCAACACGUCACAGCUCCGUGAGUCCGGACCGCUACAAGCUGACCGAAUCUCCUGUGGGACCUCAGAGGGGCAGUUCUCUCUGUAGGAGCCAGGCCCGGUCUCAGUCCUCUUCACACGGCUCCCUCCCCAUUCCAUCUCAGGGUUCAUCACGUCACACAUCAGGCAGGUCCAGUCCCUCCCGCAGGAGGGGGUCUGCAGCAUCUCGUACCAUCUCACCCACCAGGACCUCUUCCUCCCACAGACGCACAGACUCUUCACUGUUACAUAGUGGCGGAUAUGAAGACCAACAGAUCUGCAGCCGAGAGUCCAGAAGUCCAUCACAAGCUUCCAACAAACACAGUUUGGAUUCUGAGAAACUGUACAGAAAUCUUGAAUCACUCUCCCGCCGUGGCUCCUCUGCCACGAGACAGAGUUUGUACGAUGGAGCUCGAGCAUCACCUCAAACCAGAACAGAUAUCAGCAGUUUGACCAACACUCAAUCCUGCAACAGCCAUCAGGCUUCUCCCUCCAGGAACAGCUACAGUCCUCGCAGCCACACCUCCCAAAGGGAACCUGACUCCAGGGACAGCAGACUGAGUCAUUCCCAAGGCUCCUGGCAGGGGUCUUCACACUCUGCACUCAGUCUGUCCCAAUCCCAUGGUUCGUCCUCCUCGAGGCGGGCAGCAGAUUCUCAGAAUCCUGGUGGAUUGUUGUCACAUGCUACAGUCACAGACAUCGAUAAGGCCGACGAGGGAGGUGAGAAGGUCAGCGCCGAGAGAAGCAGAAGCAGUGUGAGACGAGGCAUGGAGGUCUUGCUAAUCUCUGAACCUAAAAAGCCUCCAGUAGAUCCUGAGGAGGUGGGGAUGACCAUGGACGACUACAUCAUGUUGGCCGAUGUACCAAAGAUUCAGGUGGAGUCAGAGGAAGAGUUUCCAGGACUGAGACGGCGAAACGAGAGUCCCAGUCCCUGCAGGGAGCAGAGAUCCAGAACAUUCAGGCAUCCCAAUGAAGCAGACGUCUACAGUUCAAGGCUGGAGUUGGAUGAGAGGAGGAGGGGCAGAGAGAGGGGGAGAGACAGACGAGAAAAAUAUCGGGACUCUGACACGAGACGGUCGUCUCGUCGACACUCAGCUGCAUCUUUUUGCACACAGACCUCAGAUGAACAACGUGAAAAACACAAAGCUUUAAAGGUGAAGGAGCGAGCUCACUCUGCCCGCCCACAGACCCAGUGGAGGAAACAUUGGUUUGUUCUUGGUGAUUCUACAUUGAGGUUCUACAGAGACUCAGAAGCUGAGGAGUCAGAUGAUUUGGAGGGAGAGAUCGAUCUGACAUCCUGUGUGAACGUGUCAGGCUGUGAUGUAGAAAAAAACUAUGGACUUCAGAUCCAGACAAGAAGUGCAGUGUUCACUCUUUCUGCUAUAACAUCCAGAAUUCAGAGGAACUGGGUGAAGUUACUGAAGCAGGCGAUCCAGAGCAGGCACCAAUCCGACUCCAGCAGUGAGAAAGAGAACCCCCGCUCCUGCAGGCCGUCGUCAGGCCAACCGUCUGCUCGCUUCACCUGCAGAGACUCCGCUUAUGAAGCUGCCUCUUCGGCCAGCGUCAACCAGGAAGGCCGCAGCCGCCGCCGCCGCCAAACGAUAGGAGAUCCGGGUGCAGACUUGUCUCCGGCCAGUCAGAGAGAAGAAGGGGAGGGCUGGGACCGGGAGCAGGCAAAGCGGCUGGAGGAGAGGAACAAGUGGUUUGAGGCCGGGGGCCCUCUCAGUGAGAUGGGUAGCAGGUGGGACUCCAUGGAGCUGAAGAAGGGGAGUGUUCCUGUGCCCACUGUUGAAGCUACAGACUCUGAAGUCAGCAGGAAGUGGGCAGAAUUUGAGACGCUGUCAUUUGGGGACACGAGUGCGCAGUCUUUCACUGGACCCCAUUAUCAGGAGUCAAAGUCCCAAACUGUCCAUCAAAGCUUUGAAGAAGCUGAUCAGGCUGGCUCACUCACUCGUUCAUCCACUUCAAAUGAAGCCCUUUCUUUAGUAAAUGGUGCCCAGAUGCAUCAAAAGAACAAAGCUGAAGAAAUUCAAAAGGAGGCUGUCUGUCUUCAAAAGCAAGUGGAGACAAUCAAACAGGAGCGUGCAGUCAUGGAGGUAGAGGUGGACAGCCCUUGUGGACCCAGAGCUCCCUGUAGGGCCAAGCUGGAAGCCCUGGUGGUGGCUCAUCGAAAGGCCCUACAGGAGCUGCAGGAGAAACACGCUCUGGAGAAAAAAGAGCUGGAAGAGGAGAGAGACCAGCUGCUGCAGGAGAGGAGUCAGGCAGCUGCCAAGGAUUUGGAGGCACUGAAAGCAGCUCACAGGGAGGAGUUGGAGAGAGAGGUGGAAAAGGCCAGGAGGCUGUCUGGAGGAGCAGCACUCAUGGAUUCCUCCUGCAGAGGUCACAUGCCUGAGGCCGGCGUCAUACACGGCGAGUUAAACGUGAUGUCAGAGCGCUUCUCCCAGAAAUGCCUGGACCUGAACCGAGCCGAGCAGAGCAGCAAGAGCCGAGAGACAGAGCUGGACCGGAAGCAGAGAGAGCUGGAACAACUCCAACGAGAGAACCAGGAGCUUAAGAACAAGCUGGCAGAGGAGAUCAGUCGAAUGCGUUAUUUCAUCACAGGUCAAAGGUCGGAUGUGGGCUCCAUUUGUAAAACCGAGGACUCUGCGUCAGAUUUAGAGAUGCAGUUAAAAGCAAAGGAAAAUGAGGUGCAGUAUCUUAAGAAAGAAAUCAGCUGCUUGCAGAAUGAAGUACAGUCGCUUACCAAGGAGAAGGAGGCAGCCUACAAGCUUUAUAAGGAGGCCUACGUGGAGCUGAGCGACACGAGGGGUCGGAGCCAGCUGGAGAUGAGCUCCCUCAACGAACAUCUGAAACUGGCCAACGCUGCGCUGCAGGAGGGAGCCGAACAAACCUGAACAAAUCACCUAAAAAAAUGACUUAACAGAUCAAAUACUGUCUUGACAUAAAACGUAUCGUAAAUUUAUCACACCACUUUGACUGGUGACUAACUAGACUGUUAAAGAAAUAAAAAGCAACACGUGUUUUCCACAUGUAAACGAUUCUGUUUAUUGGAGCUGACACAACAUGCAAACAAGAGUGAGGGCUGGUAGUUCUGCUAGCCUCACACGACAUGUGAUUUCUCACAAACAGGAUAAAUAUCAAAGGGACGAUGGGUGGA